GUGAGUUAUAUUUAUAGCAUUGGAUGUGAUGGUUUUUUGAAGGAGUGGUUGUUUGUCUGUCAAGCUGUCUGUGCCAUGUUUUCAGGAGCACUUUCAUACACGUGUGUGCUUCCUCUCACAACCCCUCGUUCUGUAAAUAAGUCGAUUUUCAAAUGCCACCAGCCAUAAGAAGCCAUUUUGUUUGAAUGCAAAGUCAGUAAGAUGCCAAUACAGGAAAAACAACCUGUUUCACCUCCUGGGGAAAUCACACAUUUCUUUCAAAUCAUCAGAAGAGACAUCGUGACAGUGUUGUCCAUCUGUCCUCAGUCUAUGCACAUUUGUCUGUCAGCUGAUGUUUUCACCCACUUCCUCAGGAAUGAAUCCUGACGCUGACGGCAGAGGCUUGACGAAAACCAUGUUUACCAAAAUGGUCAGAAGGGACCAUGAACCAGACUCUUUGGAGGAUUCAGCUGUUUUGAGCUUCACUCCACAAACCUGGAAACCAGAGUAUAAGGGACGGGCUAAUCUGCAUGUCUUUGAAGACUGGUGUGGCAGUUCUACAGCUGACCUCCGCAAGAACCUGCACUACCCUCUGUAUCCUCAUUCCAGGAUGACAGUGCAGAAGCUGGCCAUCUCUCCUCAGAGGACCAGCUACGGACUCAGGAUAUUUGGUUAUCUACAUCCAUAUACUGAUGGAGAGUUUGAAUUUGCAUUGAGCUCUGAUGACAACUCUGAGUUGUGGCUCAGCACAGAUGACACUACCCUUAACCUGCAGUUGUUGGCGUGGGUUGGGAAGACAGGCUCAGAAUGGACAGCCCCGGGCGAGUUUGAGAAGUAUGCCAGUCAGACUUCAAAACCAGUAAGGCUGUCUGCUCAGAAGAAGUACUUCUUUGAAGUUAUCCACAAGCAAAACGACAAAGGGACUGACCAUGUGGAGGUGGCAUGGCAGCUCCUGGACCAAGGCUUUGGGUUCAAGGUUAUUGAAUCCAGUCACAUCUCUCUCUAUGUUGAUGAGUCUGCCUUGUUGGUGAGUGACGUAGCCCAAAUACCACAGACGGCUGCAAGUCCCCAGCACACGGCCACAAAACAGCAGAUUGGUUCAGCAGACAUGUUGAGGGAAGACCUGCGAGACACUCUGUACCGAGUGCCUUUGGUACACAGCACGUUUCUACAUGAUGUCCUUCCUGACUGCUCUUACAAACCCAGCUACACGAUCAAAAACGUUCCCCUCUACCGUUACCAAGGAGUGCAGUUUGUCCACAUGUCUUUUAUCUACCCCAAUGACUAUACCCGACUUACACACAUUGAGACAGAGAACAGCUGCUUCUACCCCAAACGCCUGCAGUACAUGAAUAAGUUACGUUUUGCUAGAUACAUGAAACUAGACCUUCCUGAUAUGCAGGACAUCGGAGAGCAGCUCAAUAAACAAUAUCAUAUGCAGAUGACCCCUAAAAGGAACCAUACCCAAAUCCAGAGACUCAAAGACUCAGAGCUUCAACCCUUAGAGAGGGAUUCUGCUCUGCCUGAAAAACCCAAGGAGAUAGGGAUGAAAAUGCCUCUACCAGUUGUAGAAAAAAGCACCCACAGAUCCGGCACUGAUACCAACUGGAGCCAGACCUUCCAGAUCAACCACCUGAACCUUCAGGCACAUCGAUCAGAUCAGAUCGACCUGGGCUGCAACAUCUCAGGCAAUCUGCUUCUCCACUCGAGUGAGGCUCUGCCCGUGGUCAAAGCUUUCAUGAAACAACUCAAGAAAAAGCACCACGGGCAAUUCACAUUGGUGCGUGUUGUUAACGUGGUGAAGCACGUGGACGCGGCAAAGGGCAGCCGCUACCUUCUGGAGCUGGAGCUGAAAGAUGUGAACGGCCAGCUGCUGCGCCUGUCGCACUACGUCUAUGCUCCGAUUCUCCAAAGGCAACACAGCUUAAGUUUCAAACAACCAGAACCUCAUCUGAAGCUUUGUAACCCGAUGGGCUUCCAAUGGAAUCCUAACGCCAACGUCCACUUCAUAGUCCCUGUGAAAAACCAGGCUCGCUGGGUGCAGCAGCUGAUUGCAGACCUGGAGCAAUUGUUCAUAGAAACUGGAGACCUCAACUUCAAUCUCAUCAUCACUGAUUACAGCAGCACAGACAUGGACGUGAAGAAGGCUCUACAGAAAUCCUCUCUCCACAGGUACCAGUAUGUGAAGCUGAGUGGAAACUUUGAGCGUGCGGCUGGUCUGCAAGCAGGUGUCGACCUUAUAAAUGAUGACAACAGCAUUGUGUUUCUUUGUGACCUCCACAUCAACUUCCCUCCCUUCAUCAUCGACACCAUCAGGAAACACUGUGUGAAGGGAUACAUGGCCUUCGCUCCAAUAGUCCUGAGACUGGACUGCGGGGUUACGCGUUUAGAAGCCAGAGGUUUCUGGGAGGUCAAUGGCUUUGGCCUCCUUGGGAUCUAUAAGUCAGAUUUGGACUCAGUGGGAGGAAUGAACACCAAGGAAUUCAGAGACCGCUGGGGAGGAGAAGACUGGGAGCUCCUCGACAGAAUUCUCAUGGGAGGGCUUGAAGUGGAGAGGUUCUACUUGAGGAACUUCGUCCACCACUUUCACUCCAAACGUGGCAUGUGGAGGCAAUCGUCACCCGGCUACAGAUGAACUUGUCACCUGCUUGCUGCACCAUGACCAAGGCCGCCAAGGUUACAACCACGGCAACCAGAGAACUUUAAGGCCUGAUUCCUGCUCCAUAACCGUAAUACCUGCUACUGACAGAUUAGGAUUGGACACCGUCUUCAUUCACCUUCACCAAUUUACAGGUGGCAGCGGUGAUGAUCGUUGGUUGGGAGAUACUACUGAUAUCUCCCAACGCCAUUGACAUUGUGAUAUUACAAAUGAAGAUACAACUAGGCACCAUGUCGCUGACAGACACCAUGGUGAUCUGCAUUUCUAGCUGCAGGGAACUGACCUGAACCAAAGACACUCAGGCUUUAUUCACACACGUGUCCCAUAUUAUAUAGAUCACAGGUUUUGCACAAGAGCCUUAACUGGAGAAUAAAUAUAUUCUUUUAUGUGUGAAAAAAUCAAAUAAACUGCAGAUUUUGUAGAUGGUAAACACAGCAUUAUUUGUCAUGUUUUAAAUUAUGGGAAACUUGAUAUUUAUUGUAUUUAAGGUUUGUAGAAUUAUGUUUUCAUUUGAGUUUAACAUUAUUUCUAGAAACACAUGCAUAUCAGAAAGUCAGGAAAACCCUUGAACUGGGAAACAAAUAGAGAGAUAUUUAAGUGAUUUUAAUUAUUGUAUAAUUUUGUUUUGUCUCACAACUACUGUCAAUCAUAUUUAAACAGGUAUGUUUGUGUUGCCCGGUGCAUCACAGACAGUUUUGUCUGCAUUAUUGUGAGAAUGUCUGCCUGUUCUCCCUAGACUGACACUUACCAAAGAUAAUAGUUGAAAGUGGAGUAUAAUGACUUCUAAUUCCAUACGGUGCAGAAAAGUUCAAAAGAGAUUAAAAAUGUGUAAAUAUAGCAUGAAAGGCUAUUUUAGUCAAUAGCUAGUUUUACUGUCAUGUAUGUCUGUGCAGCCAGCUCAUGUUAUUUUUAUUGAUCUACCUGCUGAAUUAAAUAGUUGUUUUUCAAAAUAUGUUUUGGGGGAUAAAUAUCAAAACCUAUGUUUGAGGAGUGGGAAAUAUUGCUUUCAAUGUCAACGCAGUAAAUACAGAUAUUGUAGGAAAUAUAGUGAUUGUAAUAUGAUUUGUGUAUUUUUUAUAACCAGACCAAUGUCAGAAUUGUUCACAUUCCAGUUUAACAAACUUUCUUAGUCUUUUUAAUCAGGUUUACUUGGUAUUUAUGACAAUAAAAACACAAUUCUGGUCUGAUGCCAGGUUUUUAA